AUUAAUUUCACUUUACAACCAUUUAACUGACGUCACAAGGUAGACAACGAGACGCUCACGCCACCAGCUCCACAUCAGUUCACAGCUGGCCUCCACGCAGUCCAGACCUCUCCUGCUCCAGUUAGUUUUUCACCUUUCACCGACUUUUUCCACGUAGCCUGACCGAUGUCGGACCAGAACGAGGCUCACGGAACGCCAAGGCGUUCGUCAUCGUCGUCCUCUGAGAAGAAGAGACGUGAGAAAGACUCUGUGCCUUUACCGGCCAGUAAAAGGAGGGCCACCCAGGACACGGGAGUGAAGGACGGCCCGAGUCAACCACGGCCCGAGUGUGGUUCACCACCAGCUGUGGCCGGCCCAAGUCGCGCCAACACAACAACCGAGUGCUCGUCUGGCGGUGAAACUAUCAACCGGCUAUCUGCAUUGUUGAGUGAUUUAAUUGAAAAACUCGACAAUAACCCAGUACGGGAAGAUGAGCCUUACGAUAACUGUGAAAAUAUUCGUGGCCUUCAUGACAUUUCCUCGUCUGAGGAAGACGCCACAGUAAAUUCAGUGGGUUUGCUUGACCCUUUGGAUGAACUGGACACGUUUCACUCCAUGCCUGCGUCCCAAGACUGUGAUGAGGUUGAUUUUCUUAAGGCAUUAGGGGAAUUCUCAGGUCUUUUCCAUAGUGAGGAACAGAAAGGAGAGCCCCUCUCUGAGCGUUUGGCCUCCAUCCUGAACUUGAGUUUGAGACGUCGACCCUCCGCUGAAGGUAUAAAAUCUACUUGUGAAAAAAUCAAGCUCCCAAGCAAUGUGCCAAACCUAAAAGUUCCGGUGACCAACGCUGCUGUUUCCAAAGCGAUGAGUUUUGGUGGAAAAUUGAUUGACGCCAAGCUUACUCAAACUAAUGGCCUGAUCUCAAAAGCUUUAGUUCCUAUUGCACUGUGCAUAAGCGAUAUCGGGAAAAAGAAAGGAAAAAAUAUAAAUUCAUACUUAGAUGGACUAAACAUGAGUCUUAGACUGCUUUCCUCUGUUAUUAAUUACAUUAAUCAACUACGGAAAGAAGUUGCACGGCUCCAUGUUCACGACUCUGCCUUGGCCGAGCUUUGCAAGUGGGAGUAUGAGGUUGGACAAGAUGCUCUUUUUCCGUUUGAUGUGACUAAGAAAUGCGAGGAAAUACAUAAAACAAAGAAACUGGGAAGGCCUACAUACCGUCCUUACAAGUCUUCUGGGAGGAGGUAUGCUUCAAACAAGCAAACUAGGCGGCCCUAUCAGGUUUCCUCGCAUUCUCGGCUACAUAACCAGCCAAGGCCUUUUUUAGGCCAGAAGCAUCCCCAGGGGAGAGGGAUGCAUUUACCAAAACUCCACCAAUAAGCCACCCCAGGGUGAGUACUGUUUUACCCCCAAUGAUUAAUACUCCAGAUAAUUUUAAGGGGGGUAAAAUUUUUUUUAUGCCAGUUCAGUAUGGGGAUCACUCACAAAGGACAUUUUUAUUCACAAUGUGGUACAUGGUAAAUUUCUGGAUUUUGCCAGUCUACCCAGCCAGAAUAAUCCACCUAGCCCUUUGAAAUUGUCAACGGCUGAUAGCCAUGCCCUGGAUAUUGCUCUUUCAUUGUUCCUUAAACAACAAAUAAUUGAACGAUGUGAGCCAGAGAAGCAUGGGUUCUUUUCUAAUGUGUUCCCUAUUACUAAAAUUGACGGUACUACUAGAGUCAUCCUCAACCUCAAGGAACUUAAUAAUCAUAUUACUCAUAUCCAUUUUAAAUUAGAUACUCUAAAGGAUGUGAUACAGUUAAUUCAUCCACACUGUUUUUUCAUUACCAUGAAUCUUAAAGAUGCUUAUUUUUCAGUUUUUGUUAAGCCAGAGGAUAGAAAAUGGUUACAGUUUAUGUGGAAAGAUCAGUUCUUUCGUUUCACUUGUCUACCACAAGGUUUGACGUCAGCCCCUCGUAUUUUUACGAAAUUACUGAAGCCUGCCCUAUCGCAUCUUAGAAAACGUGGAAUAUUGGUCGUAUUUUUACGAAAUUACUGAAGCCUGCCCUAUCGCAUCUUAGAAAACGUGGAAUAUUGGUUGUAUGCUAUCUGGAUGACUGUAUUUUCAUUGCAGAGUCGGAAGAGGAAUUAACAAGGGAUGCACACUAUGCCAUGCAGUUUUUUGACUCUUUGGGGCUCACGAUAAAUGUAAAGAAAUCAGUUCUGGAACCCACACAGGAAAUUACUUUUCUUGGGGUUGUGCUGAACUCUGUUGCUAUGACGGCCGCUUUGCCUCCUGUUAAGAAAGACCGCAUAAAGACGCAAGGUCGGCUUCUAUUGAAGGGGGAAGUUACCUUGCUUGACUUGUCCUCUUUCAUUGGUUUGGCCGUGGCCUCGGAUCCUGCUAUAGAAUUGGCCCCACUUAGAUACAAAUAUCUCGAAAUUUUUCGU